AUGGAUUAUGACAAUGCGGGGAAACAUAGAAAGUUACAACUUAAUAAGCUAGAGGAGAUACGUAAUGAUGCUUACGAGAGUCCCCGGAUUUACAAGGAGAAGACUAAACUUUUCCAUGACAAAAUGAUUUCUAGAAAUAUUUUUGUUGUUGGCCAAAAAGUCCUUCUAUUUAAUUCUCGUCUUAAGUUGUUUCCCGGUAAGCUAAGGUCACGUUGGAAUGGACCUUUUGUUGUUACUAAUGUUUUUCCUUAUGGUGCAGUUGAAGUUACUAGUCUCACGAAAGGGACGAUAUUCAAAGUAAACGUCCAUAGAUUAAAGACAUAUUACGAAAACUUCCCUACGGAGAAUGUGGACGUGAUUGAGCUUCGUGAUGUACUCCCUCUGGAGGAGUAG